CUAUGCUUGCGACCACAUUGAAGGACAACAAAAGCAGGGUUUUUCACUUAUCCCUACGACCCUACCACAACACCACCUUCACUCUCUUGAAAUUCACAGACACUGAAUCGUCUCAAAGUUCAAAACUUUCUCUACAUUUUUCAAUCCCUUUGCUUCAAAAAAUUCACUGCUACAACCACUGAUUGAUUCGUUUCAAUUUCUCUAUUUUCUGGGUUCCAUAGCUUGGAAACCAGAAGAAGAUGGAGAACCUUAACUUAGCCCUUGUUUCUUCCCCAAAACCUUUGCUUUUGGGACAUUUUUCUGCAAGAGAUGCUUCUGCUAGGGACGUAUUCAGAAGAAAUCACUUCUCUUUUGGGAGGGUCAACGUUUCUGCUCUCUCUCGCUCUCAUGUUACCAGGGCUGCAGCUAAAUCCCACCAAAACCCACAAUCUGUGCAGGAAAAGCUGAUAGUGAAGCAUUUUGCCAGCAUUUCUUCUUCAAAUAGUCAAGAUACAACAUCAAUUGGAGUUAACCCACAAUUAUCACCAUCUCCGCCUUCAACAAUAGGGUCACCUCUCUUUUGGAUUGGCGUUGGUGUUGGGCUUUCUGCACUAUUUUCAUGGGCAGCUACAAGAUUAAAGAAAUAUGCAAUGCAACAAGCUUUCAAGACUAUGAUGGGCGGGAUGAAUUCACAAAGUAACCAAUUCAACAGUGCUGCCUUUUCUCCUGGAUCUCCUUUUCCCUUUCCUAUGCCUUCGCCACCAGGGCCUACUGCACCGGCUAAUUCUUUCGGUACUCAAUCUCGUGCACCAUCCACACCAAGUGCUUCUCAAUCUACUAUUACAGUAGAUAUACCUCCGACAAAAGUAGAAGCAGCCCCAGCCACCAAUAUUAAAGAAGAAGUGGAAGUGAAGAACGAGCCCAAAAAAAUUGGUUUUGUAGAUGUUUCUCCAGAAGAAACUGUGCAGAAGAGUCCUUUUGAAAGCUUUAAAGAUGUUGAUGACUCAAGUUCAGUCAAGGAAAGCUGGGUUCCAAAGGAAGCUUUCCAAAAUGGAACUCCCUCAAACCAAGGUGUUGGUGAUUCACCGGGUUCUCAAUCUGCACGAAAAUCAGUCCUAUCUGUGGAUGCUUUGGAGAAAAUGAUGGAUGACCCAACGGUGCAGAAGAUGGUUUUUCCCUAUUUACCUGAGGAGAUGAGGAACCCUACUACCUUCAAAUGGAUGUUGCAGAAUCCUCAGUAUCGUCAACAACUUGAAGAAAUGCUAAACAACAUGGGUGGAAGCACUGAAUGGGACGGCCAAAUGAUGGACACCUUAAAAAACUUUGACCUUAAUAGUCCUGAAGUUAAGCAACAAUUUGAUCAAAUUGGGCUUUCUCCAGAAGAAGUUAUUUCAAAGAUUAUGGCCAAUCCUGAUGUUGCAAUGGCAUUUCAAAAUCCAAGAGUACAAGCAGCCAUCAUGGAUUGUUCACAGAAUCCACUGAAUAUUGCCAAAUAUCAAAAUGAUAAGGAGGUUAUGGAUGUCUUCAACAAAAUAUCAGAACUCUUCCCUGGAGUGUCAGGCUGACCAUGAUUUGGUCAUCUUAUUCAUGUCUUCCCUGAUGAGCAUUGGGAUUUAGCUGUCUAACCACAAGGAACUGUGCAAAACUCUUCUGCUGAUGGCUCAAGGUUGCAGCUCCACUGUGACAUACAGACAAUAACUGUGUCUGCCCUUGGAUAAUUUGUUGCCAUAGCAGUUGGGUUUUUUGUUUUGCUAAAAUGGUUGAGAUUGUAAUAACAUUGAUGUUUUCAAUAUGCUAUUUUUGAGGCCUAGCAUUUGCAGUGUAGUUUUCUUAUCUACUUGUGAUGAGUUCUUAGAAUGUAAACGUUCACAUGAUCUUUUCACAAACAGAAGCUGCAUGAGAUUGAAGUACUAUAUAAUAAGUGAUGAAAUACGUGUCAA